AUGGAUGAUGGAAUUGAUCAGAUACAUUUAGUUUCAGGUGUUCAGGGUCAGAGCUGUUUGAAUGUGACUCACACCAAGAGGAGUAUCUGUGCCUUGAAGGGGUCAACAGUGGACAUUACCUGCACGUAUAGACAUCCCAGCUGGCAUAACGUCACAGAAGUAUCCUGGUUCAACAAAUGGGAGACUGGAGUUACUACAGAUCUAAUCCAGGACCCAGAGUAUGCAGGUCGUGUGAAGUACCAACCAACUACAGACAAAGACUCCACCCUGAGAAUCACAGACCUGAGAGAGAGUGACUCUGCUGAAUAUAAGUUUAGAUUUACAACAACGGAGGUAAAAUGGGGAUACAGCUUCCCUGGAAUAACUCUGAUUGUCACAGACCUGCAGGUGAAGGAGACUCCUGGCACAGAGGAAGGGAAGGUGACACUGACCUGUAGCUCCACCUGUAUUCUAACUGACAACCCCACCUACAUCUGGUACAAGAACGGACAACUUCUCACCAACCCAAACACCCAAGAUAACUACCUCUACUUAGACCAAAUCAGCAGUGGGGACGCAGGCAGCUACUACUGUAGUGUUAAAGGAUACAAGAAUAUCCGUUCUCCUGUUACAUUCUUUGGGGAGCCAAUGUCUUUUAAGAAUGCAGUUGUAGGAAUCAUAGUGGUUAUUCUAAUUCUCAUACUCUGUCUCUUUGGGUUCAUGUGGUUCAGGUGAGUGAGAUUAAUUUAUCCCUUUUCACAUUCUGUGGUUUAAUCGAUCAAAAUAUGUAUAUUGCUCUAUUAAUUGAUGAAUUAUUUCACAAAACAGGAAGAAGGCCUCCAAAUCCACCUCUGACACAAGAGACAGAAGAGACGCAGCAGAGAACGGACAGAGAGACUCUAAUCCAGUGUAUGACAACA